AUGCCGGUGGGAACUAGGAGCGAGCCACUCGAUCUAAAAGACAUACGGAAAGAGCAGAGACGAUGUGCGGCAUUGCUAGGGUACAACAAAACGUGGAGAUUAACAUCAACCUCAAGAGUGUCAAACAAGGCGUGUAAGCAAGCACGCUACUACGACACGAAACGAACAGUCGUCCCGUUAAACAGCCCCACGACACCUUACCUAAGAGAACAAUCGUCGGGGCGACUUCAACACUUCACGUUUGCUCGCGAUUCCGACAUAUUCGGAAUAGGCGACGCAUGCAGACAAGAAAGUGUGAAUUCCAAACAACGCGUGAAAUGCACGUUCUACGACACUUCCAGGAAGGUGUUAGAGAAAGUGCGACUAGAGAAAAGAAAAGCGCGUACGGAUGUCAAUAGCAACGGACAAGCCAAUGAUGAGACAUUGAAUGGUAAAGAGAAGAAGUUGCGGAGACAUGUGUCCAUUGUCUCUAUUGCUGAUGUACAGACGUUGGGUGGUGGACCAGGAGAGAGCAGAAGGGAGUUGAGAAGUAUGAGUAGACGGGAUACUGUUCCUGGCAUUCGUGACUUGGCUCUUCGACUUGAGCCUGUGUCACGUUCAGGAGGAAACUGUGAUGAUGGAGACGUCGAGUUGCAUGAUUCUGGGUUUUAUGAACAGCGGUAUGUUUCACUGAAAGAAGAAUGUGAAAUGACUGAUGUGGUCGGUGUGCUUAGUGAGUCCAGCAGAAGGAUGGCUCGUUCACCGUUCAACUUAUCACCAACUUCCAAGGACGCCACACCAGAGAACUACUUAGAACAACAUAUCUUGCCCAAACUAGAUAGUUUACCAAAAAUAGGUGGCGUGUCGUCUCUGAUUAGAAAGAGAAGUCAAUCUACCUUACAAAGAGAGUCGUUCGACAAAGCCCUAGUGCAAGCCAGACGAAGACUGAUAAAGAAUGGCUACUUCCCUGGAGUCUACACGACAUGUGAGUUCACAUUCUCUUACUACAACAAGCUCACCAACUGACACCCUUUGACAACUAAUCCAAGAAGGCAAAGACAAAGGUAACUAAUAAAUUAUCAAUUAAACAAUUGAUAUUGUAAUAAACUUUACAAACAUAAAAUAUUUGUUUAGUAUAGAUAAAUUUGUACUACACUAGUACUUACUGUGUCUUUACUAUAGUGUCUAAAGGGCGU